GUUCAUUAUUGUUGAUCUUAAUUUUCAUUUUUUUUUUUCAAUCAUGUUAUCAAUUGAUCUCUCUUUCUUUCAGGGAUCCGAGGAUGCAGCCGUGGAUGAGCCUAUGGAUUGGGAUAAAUUCCCGCCAGUAGAUGAUUGGCUAGCCAGCAAAUCUGGCGAGAUUGCAGUUUCUCAAUCCAUUAGUGCCAAUCAACACAAGGUAAUCUAUAAUAGGGGAUGAUCAUGACCACAGAGUUGCUGCGUAUGGAGUCGAUGCAACGCAUUUAACCCACAAGAAAUUUGAUAUGGAGAUAGAAUAUAGAGCUAGACCCAUAUAAGAGAACAGGGGUAUAGUUUGCCAUUUUCACUGGUCACCAAUUGCCAUUCGCCAUUUUUGGCUUGAUGUGAAGAGAGAAACACAUGACAUUUUGAGCACAAUAAAUUAAUCUUGCGGAAAGGAGGUAAAGGGGACAUUCGAUUGUUUCCUUCAUGUGGUCCCCCUCAAGUCAUCUCCAAGUUCUUGAUCCGAGCAUGCCACAUAUCCAUUCUAGAGUAUUCCUUAAAAAGGGCAGUUACUUGGGAUAUUCUAUAGGAUUCUUGGGUUUGGGCUAAGUUCCAAUGGACUUGGCCCUUUCAUGUCAUACUUUUGGUAUAACAGAGCUACAUAAAGGUUUGCGUCUCCAUAUAUGAGAUGGAUCGAUGGGUUUAGGGUUUUGUUCCCAAUUUCUAAUUUAAUUUUGUUAUUUUGUUUAGGGAUUUCUUCUUUGAUUUCUUUUGGAAUUUUUGAGUUUGAAUGUACAGGAUGAUAGAUUUUUUUUUAUUUUUUUUUUAUUUUGAAUGAGAACCAAGAUUUGAAGAUUGAGAGAGUUUGAAAGUGAGGUUGUAGUAGUUCAGGGUGGUGGUGAUAGUGAUGAUGGUGAUAAGUUUCUGUUGAAAUUAGAGAAAUGAUUUGGUGAUGGUGAGGGUUUGUAGAGAAAAAUUGAAGAUGAAAAUUAAAGCAUGGAAAAGAGAGAAGAGAAAACAGAGAGAAAGGCAUAUUAAAAUAUUAUUGAAUAACAUGAAAUUGUCGCAUAUGGAGCCUUUAUAUAGAUGCUUAGAUAACACACUACCCAAGAAACCCUAAAUCUAUCAUAAUAACAAUAAUAUUAAAUU